CAUGUCCAGUAUAAUCUAUUAAUGUACCAACAAGACCCACUUCUCCUAUAAUCAGUUUAAAGGAAGUUAUGUAUAUAGACAAUCAAGGUAAGGGAAGUUCCAUAUUUAUCGUAAAGAAAAGAAAGUAAAGUGAAGAGAAAACACUCCCUCUUUAUGACCACAAGGAAGUUGACAGUACUUAAGCUUUUGCAAUCUGAAAGUGAAGCUAUUAACAGAGACUAGACUGCCAGAAGCCAGAUUAGACAGCUGAACAUGAAUACGGACAUGUCUGCUUCAGACGAAGAGUGUCCUGUGUGCAGAGAGACAAUAACUAAUCCUUCUCAACCAUCUCCAUGCUGUAGAAAAGUAAUUUGCCAGAGAUGCAUCAAUCAAUCAUUACGAUUCAGGACUCAUUGUCCAUACUGCAGAAGCAGCGAUUAUGCAAAUAAUCCAUUUGUAGUACCUCCAAGUAGAAGGAGACAUCUGCACCCAGUCCUGCCAGGGAAUUUUGAUACAUUUAAUUCAAGAAGACCUGUAGGCUCCAGCAUACGGACUCUCAUCAGCCAACUUCAAGAUUCACAGGCACAACAGACAGGCACUGCUGCUCAAGUCAAUCUGCCCAAUCAGGCUGCCCCAGCACCUGCCCCACAAAUCCAAGCCCCUCCCCUUUUCAUGCCCUCUGCACGGCCCGUUCCAAUGCCACGGACUCGAGUUCAGCCUGCAAAUUUAAUGACUGCCAUGCAACCUGCAAACUUAAAUGCUGCUCCGGCUGGUCCUAUCCAAGUCGCCCAGACACCUGCCCCAGCUCCACUGCUGCCUAACUACACCCCACUGCUGCCAAACUCCACCCCACUGCUGCCAAACUCCACCCCGCUGCUGCCUAACUCCACCCCACUGCUGCCAAACUCCACCCCACUGCUGCCUAACUCCACCCCACUGAUGCCAAACUCCACCCCGCUGCUGCCAAACUCCACCCCGCUGCUGCCUAACUCCACCCCACUGAUGCCAAACUCCACCCCGCUGCUGCCUAACUCCACCCCACUGUUGCCAAACUCCACCCCAACACUACUAAACCCCGCCCCAUGGCUGCUAAACCCUGCUCCGCCCCAGGAAGAUUUGCAGGCUGUGCUUGAUGAGUGGCCGUGGCAAACAGAGAUUACUGUAAUGGAGAUGAAUCCACAACCUCAGAGUUUAACCAUAAGGACAUUUGCGUGCCCAUACUGCCAGGAUGAUGGACUGGAUGAACUUGAUCUACGCGAUCACUGCAAUGACCAUCAUGCCAAUGACUUCAGACGUGUGGUGUGUCCAGUGUGUGUGGCGGCACCCCACGGUGAUCCGCAGUACUACAGCCGCGACUUCAUUGGCCACCUCAACCUGCGCCACUGCUACUACAUGGACGACAUAACUAACCUGCACCAAUCUGAUGAGAUGAACCUCCAGUGUGCAAUUCUAGCAUCAUAUAGGCAAAACAUUUAA